AUUCAAUUGCAUUUCAGUGCUCCCCUUUGUUACACGUACAAUGGCUAAGAGUGGUGCGAUGAGACUCGGGAAUAUAAUACGACGACUUGGUACAGCGCCAGAUUUACAGCCAAAAUGUGAUUUAUAUCCCAAAGAGUACUUUGGCCCAUCGCAGCAACAAAUAGACAAGCUUAGGUCAGAACACAUUCCGCCAGUAUCCAAAGACUACUACAAGAAACCUCUUCUCAUAAGCCAAGGACACAUGCAAUGGCUGUUCGAUCACGAAGGCAAACGAUAUUUAGAUCUGUUCGCUGGGAUAGUUACUGUAUCUGUGGGACAUUGUCAUCCAAGGGUGAACGCCGCUCUUCACCAACAAAUCGACACUCUGUGGCACACCACUAGCAUCUAUCGACAUCCCAAGUUGUAUGAGUAUAUAGUAAAGUUAACGGCAACACUACCAAACCAUUUGAAUGUGGUGUAUCUAGUCAACAGUGGAUCAGAAGCUAAUGAUCUCGCUGCUCUUCUAGCGCGAGGAUUCUCGGGAAAUCAUGACAUCAUAUCUUUACAAUGCUCAUACCAUGGUUACUCCUCUGCACUGAUGGGCCUCACAGCCACCCAAUCCUAUCGGUACCCGUUGCCUGUCCCAGCUGGUUACUAUCACACGAUGUUGCCAGACCCAUAUCGUGGUAUAUGGGGAGGAUGCAGGGACUCCAUCUCGCAGGUUCCAGGGGCCUGCUCAUGUCCUGGAGACUGCGUCACAUCUGAUAAAUACAUACAUCAGCUUAGUGAGCUCCUGGAAAACUCGAUACCAAAAGGGCGCGUAGCUGGCCUAUUUGCAGAGUCUAUUCAAGGUGUAAACGGUGCCGUCCAGUUUCCAAAAGGCUACUUGAAGAAGGCAAAGGAUCUUAUCAAGAAGUAUGGCGGAGUUUAUAUUGCUGAUGAGGUCCAAAGUGGAUUCGGUCGAACGGGUGAUACUUACUGGGGCUUCGAGGGUCAUGGAGUCACGCCGGAUAUAGUAACUAUGGCGAAAGGAAUAGGGAAUGGUUUCCCAAUGGCCGCUGUUGUGACGACUAAGGAGAUAGCCGCUGCUCAUAACAAAGCUGCCUACUUUAAUACAUUCGGUGGUAAUCCAUUAGCGGCUACAGUAGGAAAAGCGGUUCUAAAAGUUAUCGAAGAGGAAAAACUCCAAGAAAAUUGCAAAGUAGUGGGUAAAUACUUCAUUGAACAAUUAAUGGAAUUGCAAAAAGUGUAUCCGAUGAUUGGUGACAUCAGAGGUAAAGGACUUAUGCUGGGCUUAGAAUUGGUGAGGCCUGGAACCAAGGAACCACUAGCUUCGGAACUUGUGGCUAAUGUUCUUGAGAACGCUAAAGAUUUAGGAGUUCUCCUGGGUAGGGGUGGAAGAUGGGCCAACGUAAUAAGGAUAAAGCCACCGAUGUGCGUUAACAGCAAGGACAUAGAUUUUGCAAUUUCGGUAAUGAACGAAGCGCUUAAGACUGUUUCUCAAAACAUUCGUUAAUAAAAUACUAUAAAUAAUAUA